AUGACGGGGGCGGUAUGGGGUUUUGAGCCUCCCCAUAUCCAUGAAAUGUCCCAUUUGGUCUGCGUCUCCAAUAGCCUCUCCUAUUCAAACUCCUACUGCCCGGCUUCUCGUGCCGAUCCCUGUUUCCAACUGAGGGCAGAGUUAACCAUCACCAUUGUGUAUGCUCCAACGGAGUGCUCCGCCGUUUCUGACAAGGAUGCAUUCUACACUUCACUGAAUGACCACUUGGACCAAGUCAAGAGGCACAACAUCCACUUAGUCCUAGGUGAUUUCAACGCUAGAGUUGGACUAGACAGCCAUUCCCAUCACCCGACAGUUGUAGGACGACACUGCUUUUAUGAGACCACAAAUGACAAUGGUGAGCGGCUAGUCACCAUGUGUGAAGAAAACAACUUGCGUCCAGCACAAAUGAGAUUCCCCCAGCCUAGAUCACGACUCUGGUCAUGGCGUCACCCCUCAGGCUCUGUGCACCAGCUGGAUCACAUCUUGAUAAACAACAAGUGGGUUAACUCUCUACGGAAUUGCCGUGCUUACAGCACAGUUGAACUGGAUUCUGACCAUCGCAUUGUCAGCAUUACCCUAGUCACCAGUCUUAGAACUAGCAAGGGUAGGCCAUCUCGACGAACAAACAACUGGAAGAGACUGCAAGACCCUGCCAUUAAGGAGAAGUUUCAACUCGAGCUAUCCAACAGAUUUGAAGCACUCCAGAAUGACAUCACUUCAACAAUUUCUGAAUGGUAUGACAGCUUUGAAACCGCUGUAAAGGAAGUGGUUGAAAAUGUGAUCGGGGAACGCAGACCAUGUGAAAUGCCAAGCUGGGUGUCAGAAGAAACCAUGAAACUCAAAGAUGAAAGAGAUGAGGCCAAAAAGAGGUACUCAAUAUCAAAAUCACAACAAUCAAGGGAGAAGUGGAGGAAACUUAACACCUCUCUGAACGAAUCAUACAAGAGGGAUGAAAAUGCCGCACUCAACAAACAGAUUGAUGAUCUCAAGCUAGCAGAUGAAAUGGGAGACUACACCACUACAUGGAAAAUUAUCCAUGACCUCUCGGGGAAUGACAAAAGAACAAGUGUCAAAGUCAGAAAGAGAGAUGGAACAGUCCCUGCUAGUGAUUCAGAACUGCUUUCAGAGUGGAGUAAAUAUUUCAGCUCCUUACUCAAUAAUGAAAAUGGCCCUUAA